AUGCCCAAUUAUUACGAAGGCCGGUUUUACAAAACUGAAAAUUUCAUAGGAAAAGAUGAAAACAAUCUGUACAGAGCACUCGCCCACCUUGAAUACCAAGAUCAAGAGAUGCAUGCGGUAGUCGCAAAGGAUAUAGAACAAUAUAUACGAAAAAACCCAGAUCAAUUCAAGGACUAUAGAAUUUCUCGGUUUGGCUGGCCAGCCAGGAAAGUAAAUGAUAAAGCUAGUACGAUUCGCAUCGGUAGUCGCAAGUACUUAUAUGUGAAUGCCGAAGGAAAUGGCGGUGCCCUAUUCUCUGCCUUUAAGAAAACAACUUCCUCGGAAUAUGCUGUUUUGCACAAGCUCCCAGCUAAUACUGAGGGUGAAAUGCCUACAUACAUAGGUAGUGAAUAUUCAAAUACAAAGGAUAAAAACCUUCACCAACGUAUUUCUAAAGGGCUAGUUCUAGAAAACGGGCACUAUGAGGUGUUUGCAAGACCUGGAUCUGAGGCUUUGAGCAUGGUUCCCCCUAAAGCCAAACGCACCUAG